AUGCCUCGAGCCAAUGUUCGAGUACCAAGGCGCUACGGCGUUGAAGUAACCGAUGUCAUACUCCCAGGAAAAGCUCGAACGACCUUCAACAAAAGGGUACUUGUACCCGAAACCGACACAGAGCCUCCUGAGCUUGGAAAUUGGUUCCCGAGCUAUAAGUAUGAAUCGCCUGUACUGGAUUCCGAUGAUAAUUUUGAGGAAUCUGUUUUCGAAGAGAAAGUGGUUAGGAAAGAGAAAAUUCUUAUCGAUGAUUGUGAAAGAGGAAAAGAAGAAAGUUUGAGAGAAUUUGGGGAAAAAGGGGAGAAAGAUGAAGUGCUUGUUGGAGAUGAUAAAGGUGGAAAUCAGUCUUCGAGUGAGGAUAUUUAUUCUUACUGCUCGCCUUCACUUUCUUCUGAGCCCAUUGACGUGAAAAACUGGUUCCCGAGCUAUGUGUAUGAAUCUCCUGCUCUGGAUACAAACGAUGGUUUUAAAGAUUCUCUUAAUAAAGAGAGUGAAUGUGAAGAAGACAGAUUUAUAGUUGAUGAAAGCAAUAGAGAGAAGGCAGAGGGUUAUGUCAAACUAAAGAGAACUACAAAAAGAGAUGGCGUUGAAAGUUCAAACGGGCUUGCCAACUGUGGCAAUUAUUGCGGAAAUAAUCAGCUGGAAAAACAGCUUCUAAAUAAGAAUGGUCGCGGAAGUGGAGAGGUGAAACAUAUUUUAUCUGACAAGAGUAAUAUGUGCUUUGGAAGUACUCUUGAACAAUGCUCAAGCAAUGAAACAAUGCGAAACCCUGUAUUAAAUCCAGCUAAAGAGGUUGAGUUAUCAAGCUUGGAUCAAGAAAAUCCUCAAUGCGUGCACAGUUUUUCGCGGGAAAUUGGCAUUAGGCCAUUGCAUAUGCAAGGAAGAACAUGUAGCAAUGAUAGAGAACUUUCCCAAAAGUUGAUGUGCAGGAUGGAAAACAUAAAGGACUCAGAAGCGAAAGGCCGUCAGGUGGCUGGUCAUCUAUCUUCCAAGAAUGAUCGGAAAUCAGAUCUGGUUAAUGAGGCAACUAGAGAAUCAACCCAUGGAUUCAAGGACAAGGAGAAUGAUGGAAAAGAAAUCUCAAAAGAUGGUUUUGUUACCACAAGGAAGGGCAGAUAUAGCAAGGCAAAUGCAGAAAAUCUUCAGAAAAUACCAAAAGAGACCGGUAGACAAACAGUUUCCCAAUCAGGUGGAGAAGAUUCUGUUGUUGAAAGAAAGGCUUUAUCCGAAAGAACAAAUUUUGACCUCUCUGGUGUGACAGAGAUCGUUGGGAAAUGGCAAUGUCCUCAGAAAAGAAAGCCAAAUCUCGGGCCUCCUCUGAAACAGCUUCGACUCGAGCGAUGGGUCCAAAGGAAGUGA